GUCGCCGUACUGCGGGUUUGUAGUUUGUUUUUCUUUCACUUCAGAACAUACUUAUGGAGUAGGCAGGAUGUCCUUUAUUAUAGUUAAUCGGUGGGGUGCUUAUACAUUUAUGGUUCGGUUUUAAGUGCUACGUUUUUCAAAGAAUAAGUGAACAACGAAGUCGGUUCAUAUCCCUUGGUUGGCAAGGCCUUAUCCCCAGUUGCUCCAGGGAUCCUGCUUUCCCAACUCUACGGCGCUCUGGACAGAAACGUCUGCUAAAUUAAUAAAUGUAAAUGUAGAAAUGUAAAACAUGCGAUCGGUGAGUUACGUGCAGCGUGUCAGCCUUGACUUUUCCGGGACGUUGUUUCCACACGCCAUAUGCCUGGGGGAUGCAGACAACGACUCGCUAAACGAGCUUGUGGUCGGAGACACCAGCGGGAAGCUCUACGUCUAUAAGAAUGACGAGUCCAAGCCCUGGCUGACCCGCUCCUGCGCAGGGAUGCUCACCUGUGUGGGAGUGGGGGACAUCUGCAACAGAGGGAAGAACUUUGUAAUAGCUGUGGGGGCAGAGGGUUGGCUUCACCUGUUUGACCUGUCAGCUGCAGCGAAGUCUGAAUCAUCCAGUCAGCAGGAGGCACUGUUCUUUGAUGAUCAGACGCCCUACUUUACGCAACAUAUUCCAGCUAACACUAAAGUGAUUCUUAUUAGUGAUAUUGAUGGUGAUGGCCGGAAUGAGCUGGUGUUGGGCUACACAGACCGUGUGGUGCGAGCGUUCCGCUGGGAGGAGCCGCCAGACGCCCCUGAGCUGGAGAAUGGGCAGCUUGUUCUACUGAAGAAGUGGCUGCUGGAGGGCCAGGUUGACAGUCUGUCUGUGAACCCUGGACCUGAGGGUCUCCCUGAAUUGAUGGUCUCUCAGCCUGGCUGUGGCUACGCUAUCCUCCUGUGUUCCUGGACACAAGAGAGCCCUGCUGACCCUGACUGCAGUGCUUCAUCCUCCCCUGAGGGGGAUGGACCUUCCAGAGACGUCAUCCUCCAUCUGACCUCUGGCCGCAUCCAUAACAAAAACGUCUCCACCCACCUGAUCGGCAGCAUCGGCCAAGGCUUCUUAAAGCCCUAUCCUGAUGGUGUUCCAGGGUCCUCCAGUGAACCCUCCAAAUGUGGCCUGUUUGCCCUCUGCACGCUGGACGGCACCCUGAAGCUGAUGGACAGCACUGAGCAGCUCCUGUGGUCCGUGCAGGUAGACCAUCAGCUAUUUGCCCUGCAGAAGCUAGAUGUCACUGGGGAUGGGAGAGAAGAGGUGGUGGCUUGUGCCUGGGACGGGCAGACGUACAUCAUCGACCACAACCGUGCUGUGGUCAGGUUCCAGUUUGAUGAGAAUGUCAGCGCCUUCUGUGCAGGCCUGUACGCCUGUAAGGAGGGCAAGAACACACCCUGCCUGGUCUACGUCAGCUUCAGCCACAAGAUCUACGUCUACUGGAGCGUGGGGCUGGAGCGCAUGGAGUCCACCAACCUUCUGAAGGUCUUGGAGGAGCAGACCGAAUACCACGAGCUGCUGCGGCGUCAGGGAGUGGAUCCUGAGGACACAGAGUCUGUAAGGGCGCUGAUCCAAGAUGUGCUGUAUGGGGAGAAGCACCCUGCACCCCCCUGACUGGCAUAUAGCUGCUUCUUUGCCCCCCUCCCCCCCCCAGCUGCACUCCAUGUUUUCUGUUUAUUUUUCUGUACAGUUUAAAGUUUGAGUAACAUGCUUGGUCUUGGCUCAGAGGAACCAGUCUCGUCUAUGAGUAAAGUCAGUGUGUCCUCAGAGGGACGAUCUGGAGUGUCUGCAUCGCACUAGUGAACAUCCAGGAGGCGGCUAGACAGCAGACAGCGGUAGCAGUGUGCAAGUCUGAGGGAAAGACGUCAUCAGACAGCUGGGCACAAAGCAGAACGCUCCUCAUCCAUGAGAUGCGAGACAACGCACAAGCUCCUCUGGAACUGCUGUUUGCAAAGUAGUGAUAUGUGACGCUACAGUUUAGGAUCUGUUAUCUGAAGGUUGCUAGUUAAAAAUCCCCAUGGUAGUGAUGUCAUCGAUGAAACCUUGAGUGAGAUUUUGGACAAAAGCAUCAGCCAAAUAAAUAAAUAUAAAUAUUAAGCUGGGACAUGAACUGGCAGCUCCAUGAAGAACAGUCCAUAGAACAGUCAAUGGAACAGUCAAUGGAACAGUCCAUAGAACAGUCAAUGGAACAGUCCAUAGAACAGUCCAUAGAUUGUAGGCAGAUGGAUUCUACUUGUCACACCUACAAAUGCACUGGAAUGGUGGGAAAAAUACCAUGGUGGUGUAGUGCCAGCAGUCUACCACAGAGAAGAGAAAAUUACAUUAACAAUAGAUGAUGUAUGUGUGUGACAUUAAGAGAAACCUGUGCAGUGCCUUGACCUUGAGUUUGACCUUAUAGUUUAGCUGGAAACCAACUGAAAUCUUGAACCUUCCACUUUACAUCUCAUGCUGCCUCUUUGUAGCCACUGCCCAAAUACAUACAUAAUUCUAAUUUCCUUUUUGUUAUUGUUACUAAAUGUAAAAUAUGCCUUUGCACACUGUACCAUAUCAGUUACGGAGCUCAUUACCGCUUGCAUUAACAUCACUCUCAUUUCA